CCCCUUUGUAGUUUUAGGUGGGAGGAAGUGGAAACGUGGAGCAGGAUGGAGUCUCCUCGUGUCCUCCAGCUGUACGGGGCCGUGAGAGAAGGACCCAAUGUGAUUCUCUUCAUGGACCUGAAAAGAGGAUCUUUAGCUCAGCUGCUGAGAGUGAAGGGUCGUCUGUCUGAAGAACAGGCUCUGUAUUAUCAUUCUCAGGUCCUGCAGGCUCUCAAACACCUGCACAGCAAACGCGUCGUACAUCUGGAUGUCAAAGUUGACAACGUGUUGCUGUCUGAGGAUGGCAGACAGUGUUUCCUCUGUGAUUUUGGACUCUCUGAGACGCUCAAUCAGGGUGGAUACAGCACUAAAACCUUCAGAGGGAAUAUUCUACGUGGCACUGAGUCUCACAUGCCGCCGGAGGUGGCGAGGGGUGAUCCUCGCUCUGCAAAAGCCGACGUCUGGAGCAGCUGCUGUAUGUUACUGCACAUGCUCAACGGACACCAGCCCUGGACGCGAUACUAUCCUCAUCCACUCUAUCUGAAGAUUGUGAGUGAGCCGCCUCCUUUAUGGGAGAUUCCACCUGACUGUGACCCGCUGACCUGUGAGGUCAUCAAAGGGGGACUGGUUAAGGAGCCGAGAGAGAGACAUUCGGCAUCCGAACUGCUGGACAAGACGGUGAAAGCACUCAGAACAGUAUGUGGGCUCUCUGGUUCUGAGGAAUUGGCUAAACAUCAUUCAGCACCUGCAUUCGAGGACUGUCCGAAUGUGAUCUCGCAUGAGACAUCUGUCCCAUCCAUCAAGCAAACUCCAAUGAAAACAAGCCCUUCUAGCGUUCCAGAAAACCUCUCAGCACCCACAAUCCACUGGGUGAGCACAUGGAGACAGAUGGCGCCAAACGAGGAUGAUUCUGACUCCACGGCGGAGGAGAGCGAGUGGGAUGAAGAUGCACAUAUCAGCAAACUAAAAGGAGACAAGAUGAGGAGCUGGAUGGACAGAUACUGGGGUGAAGAGGAAGAUAAUGAGAAAGAAAGCUGUUCAGAAGAUGACAGAGAGCUUGAGUCUGAAGAUGAUGCAUUGGAGAUCAAUGAAAAUGUCAAAGGGAUAGCUCAAACAGAGGCUGAAGAAAGCAAAACUGAUUAUUUCACUGAAAAAAGAGUUGUGUUUGAAGGAUGCGGUGAAUAUGACAGAAGUCUUUUGGAGGAAUCAGAAAGCUGGGAUGGAGAUAUCCGAAGCGUUGUGGAUGAUGAAGAGGUGGAGAGUGAUUUGGAGAGUCUUCGAGAGCUUGGCAGCGACGGGGCGCAAGAGUGGGAACCGUUUCUACAGCUCCAGACGCUUUAUCACCCGAAAGAAGAACAAAUGCAGAGUGAAGACAGCUAUUCAGAGUCUGAAGAAGAGUCAGUCAUGCUGAGGAAGAGUGAACAAAUAGGCACAAGUUUACCUGAUUCUCACGGACCGCAACCUCUCACCUGGACCAGCCGCUGUGACUCUGAACAAGACCUUAGUGAUGAGGACCCUGAUGAUUUAAGCUCGGGGGUCUUUUCCUCUUGCAGCACCGUAGAUGGUCAAAGCUUCAAUGUGGAUUGGUCGGUGUCAACUGAUCAGACGCCUUCUUGCUACUUUGAAGGUCUUGGCGUGGAUAUAUGGGUGGAAGAUGUGAGCGGAGAGAGUUUAAAGAUCAGAGAGAGGCCACAGGUGAAAAUCGGACACAUAGCUGUGGGAAUCAGUGAACAGAUAUCACUGAGGACCUUUAGUUUGGCCACCCUAGAUGGGCGUCUGGUGUCUCCGGACACAGAAGUGUGCGAGUCAGGCAUGUGGUUGCAAUGCGUUCCCGCUCCCGACGGCGGUUCCAACUGGGAUUGGAGGGUCAGAGAUGGAAAACUAGAGCUGCGGGAAUAUGAUGAACAUUCAGAUGUCUGCUCAACAGUGGCAAUCUAACAAAAGUGACCAGAACUGGAAUUUUCUACAUCUCAUUCCGUUGAUUUUGAGCUUUGUGAUGCUCACUUCAUUCGUGUUUGAUUUGAGUUUUAACAUUUUUGUCCCAGUUGACAGAGCUUAAUAGGAUUAAUGUGUCAAAUUUGAAAACUAUUUUAAUGCAAUUGUACAGGUACAGUAAAUUGCUGUGUUGAUUUUGUUAGGAAGACAGCACUGUUUAAGCUAAAUGUUUUAUACAUAAUAUACAUUGUAUAAAUACUUUUUAUAUAUAUAUAUUACGCAUUAAAAACGCUAUCUCAGUGCUAUGCAAUGUAAACCAAGGCGUGUACAGUCACUACAAUAAAUCGGAAGUUCUUACUUCCU